UGGUCUGCCGGUUGGCAUAAGAAUUUUAGUUUAAAUCGAGUGUGCACACACAAGAAAGCGCAUUUACACGUGUGUAGCAGGUUUAUUACCUUGUGAACAGUCUGUUGGGUUUGCAAUGUACUCGUCAAAAGCAUCCGUGGCAUUUAAAGUGGACGCCCCUGAAUCGACCGUGCGCGGUGCGUCCUGAGUUGCGCUUGCGCUGCCGCACAGGCAGAAAUUUGGAGGGCAGCAGGCAUUGGUGCAGAGUGACGUCAAACGUGUCCCAGACGUUGGCGCGGACACGUCUGCUAGUGAGGGUGUGGGGUACAGCUGAACCUGUGCCAUGGUUUGGGAUGGUCUCUCUCUUAAUCAUUAUAAUAUGUGGGGUUUUUUGAGUCAGACGGUGCAUGUGGUGUUAGGGGGAAGAUGGCUGAGGACUGGAUGCACGUUCCCUCCCCCCUUUCACAUGUCCAGUAUAUGUCUAGCUCUUUUCGGGGGAGGUGUGGCAAGGCAGUCGUCUCGGGUCACUGGUCGCAGACUGAACUGGCCGUCUCCUUCAGAUGAUGGCGAAGGCCUCAAAGCGCUGUUUGGUCUGCUCCUAGACUGGGUGUUUGCUUGAGUUAUAGUGUGGGGGUGGAUUAUUUGGGUUUGCUACCUUCUUUAGGACGUUCCCCUCCCAUUCUUUGUUUUGGAUGCUUCCAUUUUUGGUUGUGGGAGGCAGUGAUGAUAGCAGGGCUGCCCUGACUCGGACCUGCUUCCAUGCUUUUUUUUUUCCUGCACUGUGAGCAGUUUUGUGUGCUAAAGCCUGAAAGCCACCUGGAAGCCUGACUUGGAGACUCGCUGAGAGGCUCUGGCUGACCCGAUCCCAAACGGCGCCGGCUCAGCGCAUGCCAAGGUUCAGACUUGGGACUCAGCCCGCAUCUGGCCAGAUUUUUCGAUUUCCCCCCUGAUUUUAUGCGAAGCAGCCGUCUACCCUGAAAGAUGGACCCAAAGAUACUGUGUGUGCUGUUAGCAGUAGCUUGUUUCUGCAAUGCCCAGCAAGAUGGAAACGAAUGCAUCAAGGCCAACGCAAAAUCCUGCGGGGAGUGCAUCCAGGUCGGGGAGAAGUGCGGCUGGUGUACAGAUCCCGACUUCCUGAAGCAGGGUGAGCCCACCUCGACCCGCUGUGACGAGCUGGAGUCCCUGAAAAAGAAGGGCUGCAAGGCGACCCUGAUCGAGAACCCCAGGGGCAGCCAGACAGUUGAUAAGAACGUUCCGGUCACUGACCGCAGCAAAGGCAGCAUUGAGAAGCUCAAGCCUGAAGAUAUCACGCAGAUCCAGCCACAGAAGCUCACCCUGAACCUUCGAUCUGGUGAACCCCAGUCUUUUAACUUGAAGUUCAAGAGGGCCGAAGACUAUCCCAUUGACCUCUACUACCUUAUGGACCUUUCCUUCUCAAUGAAGGAUGAUUUGGAGAAUGUUAAAAACCUGGGAACAAGCCUAAUGAUAGAGAUGUCCAAGAUCACUACAGAUUUCAGAAUUGGCUUUGGCUCCUUUGUGGAAAAGACUGUGAUGCCAUACAUCAGCACCACACCAGCCAAGAUGCUGAACCCAUGCACCGGCGACCAGAACUGCACCAGCCCCUUCAGCUACAAGAACGUGCUGAAGCUCACCAAUGAUGGGAAACAGUUCAACACCUUGGUGGGCCAGCAGCAGAUCUCUGGGAACCUGGAUUCCCCUGAGGGCGGCUUCGACGCCAUCAUGCAGGUGGCAGUCUGUGGGGACCAGAUCGGCUGGAGGAAUGUGACCCGCCUGCUGGUGUUCUCCACGGAUGCCGGGUUCCACUUUGCAGGGGACGGGAAGCUGGGCGGGAUCGUGCUGCCCAAUGACGGGAGGUGUCACUUGGAGAACAAUAUGUACACCAUGAGCCAUUACUAUGAUUACCCCUCAAUCGCCCAUCUGGUCCAGAAGUUGAGUGACAACAACAUCCAGACCAUCUUUGCCGUGACGGAGGAGUUCCAGCCCGUGUACAAGGAGCUGAAGAACCUGAUCCCCAAGUCUGCCGUGGGGACGCUGUCCGCCAACUCAAGCAACGUCAUCAAUCUGAUCAUCGACGCAUACAAUUCUCUGUCAUCAGAGGUUAUCCUGGAGAACAACAAGCUUCCUGAUGGCGUGACCAUCACUUACAAGUCCCACUGUAAGAACGGCGUGAUCGGGGAGGGUGAGAACGGCCGCAAGUGCUCCAACAUCUCCAUCGGCGACGAGGUGUCCUUCAACAUCAGCAUCACGGCACACAAAUGUCCCAAGCAAGGCAAGUCGGAAACCAUCAAGAUCAAGCCGCUGGGCUUCACCGAGGAAGUGGAGAUUGCCCUCAGGUUUAUCUGCGAGUGCGAAUGCCACAAAGCCGGAGUGCCCAAGAGUCCCCUGUGCCACAACGGCAACGGGACCUUCGAGUGCGGGGCCUGCAGAUGUAACGAGGGCCGCAUCGGCCGGCAAUGUGAGUGCAGCACAGAGGAGGUGAACAGCGACGACCUCGAUGCCAACUGUCGCCGUGACAAUGGCACAGACAUCUGCAGCAACAACGGUGACUGCAUCUGCGGCACCUGCGAGUGCAAGAAGCGGGAGAACCCCGAGGAGCGCUACACCGGGAAGUUCUGCGAGUGCGACAACUUCAACUGCGACCGCUCCAACAACAAGCUGUGCGGAGGAAAUGGCCGCUGCGAAUGUAGGGUGUGCAUCUGUGACGCCAACUACACAGGCAGUGCCUGCGACUGCUCGCUGGAUAACGCAACCUGCCUGGCCUCCAACAAGCAGGUCUGCAACGGUCGCGGCAACUGCGAGUGCGGCACCUGCAAGUGUACCGACCCCAAGUUCCAGGGUCCCACCUGUGAGAUUUGCCCCACCUGCCCCGGCGUUUGCACCGAGCACAAGGACUGCGUGCAGUGCCGGGCCUUCGGAACGGGCGAGAAGAAGAGCACCUGCGAGAGGGACUGCAGCUACUUCACACUGGAGAAGGUGAAGGACCGUGAGAAGCUGCCCCAGCCCGUGCAGGCGUUCCCCCUCAUGCACUGCAAGGAGCGCGACGCGGACGACUGUUGGUUCUACUACACCUACUCCGUCAGCAACACCUCCGAAAAGAUAGUGCACGUGGUGGAGGAACGAGAGUGCCCCACCGGUCCGGAGAUUGUGCCCAUCGUAGCUGGGGUGGUCGCCGGGAUCGUGCUUAUUGGCCUGGCCCUGCUGCUCAUCUGGAAGCUUCUCAUGAUCAUUCACGACCGGCGUGAGUUUGCCAAGUUCGAGAAGGAGAAGAUGAACGCAAGAUGGGACACGCAAGACAAUCCCAUAUACAGAAGCCCCAUUAAUAAGUUCCAGAAUCCCAGCUAUGGACGUAAAGCUGCAGUACUAUAAGGAGAAAACCCCAUCUACAAGAGUGCAGUGACGACCGUGGUCAAUCCGAAAUACGAGGGCAAAUGAUGGUGCCUCUUUCUAACACUGUAUCACUGUAUGCAAAAUUGUUUGGGCUGAGGGGGGGGUGGGCUGGGCUGGGAAUCACCUCUCUGGGGUUUGUAGUCACAGUAUUAUAGCUUUAAGUUAGGCCACUAUUUUAGUAUAUUUCUCUAACUUUUUUUUUUUUCCUGAGCAUUGUUAAACUGUACAUACAUGUAUAAACUUGGUUUUUAUUUUGUGUUUUUUUUUUCCUUUAAGUUGUAAUUGAGUUUUAAUUGCAGGCCUUUCAAUGCUUCAAUGGUGCCUUUUAUUUGAGAUCUCAGACUUCCUCAGUUAUGGACCUUUAGCCAUGGUGACAGCGAAGGCCUGAGACGCCUGAAGGAAUCAGCCGCCUGAUUAUGUGAUUGUGAUCAUGAAGGUUGCGUUGGAGUGGGUUCAUGUUUGGUUUCGAAUAACACAACUGCAAAGUGAAAGAGCCUUUUCGUUUUAUGGUUUUUAAAAAAAAAUGUGUAAAUGUGGUGCCUGUUUCUUCGAGAAUGUGUAAGGAAAAGGAUUAAGAGUUUUGAGUUCUGCAGGUUUUGAUUUUGGAAGCUGUCAAUGUAUAAAAAUCUCAGGUUUGUUUGGGGUCUCUGUUUAAGCGAUGCCAAAAAUAACAGCCUUAUUUGCAAGAGUAAAGCCUUAUACAGUUUUAGCCUUUUAUGUUAUUUUACAUCAAUAUACUUGCAGAGGUUGUCAGUCCUCUUUUCUGUGCGCGUGUGUGUAUGCGUGUGUGUAUGCGUGUGUGGUUUUGUCCCCCCCACCAGCCUGGUGCUUUUACAGAUUUGGAUUCUGGUGUGAGUAAUCUCCAGAUGUGCCACAGAGUGUCCCUAAGACCAUCAGUGUUAAGGGGAAUGGGGAGGAGCCUCCAUCUGAUGCAGUGUCUCCAUAACAUACCAGCCCAUGUCUCGCUUUUUAAAGUGCCUUUUCAUUUCUGCUUCAUGUUCACUUUCGCGAUUGUUUUCUGAGUUUAUUUAUUAAAUAAAGUACCAAAAUCCCCACA